AGCAAGGAAGAUAGAAGAAUCAAGUUCUCGUUCCUCACAUAAGGUUGAGCACAUGCACAUGGGGUACAUUUCUAAUUAUUAUUUUUAAUUAUUAAUGUUCAAGCAUGAAGACUGACUUAUAACAAGUCAACGGGUUUCUGAAAGUUAGUCCCCAUUGGCUCAACCUCACAAUGCCUGGAUCCAAGUACGAGAACAGUUUCGACCAGGAUGAUGAGAUCCUGCGUCAGAACAAUUACGAGCAGACGAAACUCAUCGGAAACGGUUCCCAUGGAUUUGUGUACAAGGGUCGAGACUUGACAAACAACGGCGCCACUGUCGCUCUGAAGAGGAUAGUGAUCCCCAGCACUGAUGAAGGCAUUCCCAUCUCAACGCUGCGAGAGAUCGCAAUGCUCAAACAGUUGGACGGACACGAACAUCCUCACAUCGUCCGGCUGCUGGACGUCUGUCACGGACAGAUGCUGGAGAAGGAGAAAUCACUUGCAAUGUUUCUCGUGUUUGAACACAUUGACCAAGAUCUCGCCAAGUACAUCGAGAGAUGCCCACCACCCGGAUUUAGUGAAAGUAAAAUCCGUGACUUGAUGUAUCAGAUCCUCUCUGGGGUGGAUUUCCUCCAUUCCCACCGAGUGAUCCAUCGUGAUUUAAAACCCCAAAAUAUACUAGUCUCUAAUGAUGGGAGGGUGAAACUGACGGAUUUUGGUCUGGCCAAGACUUACGAUUAUGAAAUGCGGUUGACGACGGUUGUGGUCACAUUGUGGUAUCGAUCGCCAGAAAUCAUCCUCGCUUUGCCGUACGCCUCAUCAGUAGACAUUUGGUCCUGCGGUUGCAUCAUGGGCGAGCUGUACAAGCGGUCACCAUUCUUCUGCGGAACUUCAGAAGGCGACCAGCUGCAUAAAAUAUUCAAAAUCAUCGGCACCCCACCUGAAAAUGAGUGGCCCGAAAACUCAUCUUUGAUGUACUCCAGUUUUGAACAACACCAAAAGUUGCCUCUGCAGCGAGUACUUCCAGAAAUAUCCGAGUUGGGUAAAGAUCUGCUGGAAAGGAUGAUUGUUUUCAGCCCCAAACAACGUAUCAGUGCCAUGAAUGCGUUGCAGCAUGAUUUUUUCAUGCAGAGUGUGAAUGACGAAGUGAACGUUAGUAAGUAGACUGAAUGUCAUGUAAGUACCUGGAUAUACUUUUACUUCUUCUACAAUUUUCUUUAUUCAUAGAAAAUGGUUAUUUAAGAAUAAACACACAAAUUUAAGUCCGUUAGUAUUUUGUAGCAGAGAGGACUAAAUUUUGUAACAGUUAAUGAUAAUUUUACAGGUUAUUAUGCUACCUACAUUUACUUGAAAAUUUAACUAUUCCACAGUUUAAAUUUCCAUCCUUGCCAAAUACAUAUUAAAAUGCCACUUAAUCACCCAGAGCAAUAACUUUGUAAUUUUUGUUUAAUAUAUGUAGUCUCGGUUGAAAAUUACCUGGAAUUAAUAAUACUAACAUGUGUAAACUCAACUUCAUUUAAGUAACCAUUAUCUCUAGAAUUGUUGGAACUCAUGAUUUGUGAAUACCGGUACCCUACUACUUAUCCACAUAAUGGAGUAAAAGAUUAGGCCUAUAUGCCUUUAUUGUAGGGUCCACAACAAUAUUUUUGAUAUUACUUAUAUUGACUUCCAAAGUGUCAUUCCAUCAAUGCAAUCAUAGGCUAAUAUUUUUAGCUGCCAAAGUUUAUAAUGUUUCAAAUAUUUUAUACUGUGCCUUAUUGUAAUAUUUAAAUGUGAAAAUGUGCAUGAAAUAACGAAAGCUGGCAAAGUUUUGAUCUUAAAAACUCAAGUAUUAGUACCUACAGUAAUAUUUAUUUUUAGAUACCGGUUGGUAUCACAAAUAAUGGAGCUCAAGCUGGUCUUAUUUAGGUAAACUUAAUAAUUGUUAACAGUUUCUAAUUUAAAAUAGGCUACUCCUAAACUUUACUUUGCAUAGAUUCAUAGGUACUUUGGUAUUAUUCGGAGGCCACCCUUAUACAGUGCGCUGCGGCGGUUAUGUUAGUUUGGAUUAUCACAAACAUGAUUGUAGGACUUUCCUCGUUUCGUUAUGAUUCGAACGAUACCAGAUGAGUCAUACUUUCUCCCGCCAAAUCCCCUCCAAGUAGGCCAAGGUCAGGUCGUUGACCGCGCGCAUAACCUGUCACACUCUGUAUUUGGGUCUGUGCCCUGAGUAAAUUAUUGCCGUGCACUAGGUUAGUUUUGUCUCUAUAAUGAGUGACGUUCUUUUGAACAAAACGAGGAAAGACCUACAAACAUAUUUAUGAUAACCCAACCUACCAUAACCGCUGCAGCACGCUGUAUAAGGGUGGCUUCCGUUUCAACUCAAUUCUCGCUGACAUCGCUGCCUUCUGUGAGGCAGAACUCUUCUGUGAGGGGGAGAAGGCCGCUAAUGGUAAUCAUGUCAAAUUUGGACAGUAAGUCAAUUAAAAUAUCUUCUUUCCAAUCAUGUAGUUAUUUUUUGUCUCCGUUUAAAAAAUCCCUCUAAAAUAAGUGGAUAAUACCAAAGUACCGAUUCAUACCACACACUAUCACCUGGUUUUUUAGUCUCAGUUCACACUUGUUCUUACAUGCAAAAUUGAAAAUAAAACAGUGUGUAAAACCUAUUUAACGAAUGAGCGUUUGUGAUGACUUUACAAUGGUGUUUAGUAUGGCAAUAAUAACAUCUAAUAUUACCCAAUAAUUCAGUAUGAUGUUCUAAUUUUAGUAUAAUGUAGGAAUUUAAUGCUAGUCGAAAAUUAUUACUAAUUAAGUAAAAGCCUAUUUCAAAAUUAAACAAAUCAACAAUCCUAAAUUAAUAGUUAUUCACAUUUUAGUAGUUGGAAACAAAUUUUUUCUUCUUUAAUCUGCUGGAAUUGUUUGAAAACAGUUUAUAAAGCCUAAUUUAGAUGAUUUGGAAUUUCACAGUCUGGGCCUAAUAAGCUAAUGUACAUACGGUUGAAAUUAAGUUUCUUUGCAGUUUGGAGUGUAGGUACAAUAAUUAAAUGUUAGUGUGUCAAACGUGUGUGAAAAUGUUACAACUAUAUAUUUAUUACCUCUAUUUAAAUUACUUUGUGAAUUACAUGUUGAAUCUUGUAUACUUAUUUGUUACUUGAUUUGUCUAUGGAUAUUUUUUGUAGAAUAGUAUUUAGGAUUUGUGAUAGAUAGUAGAUUUUGUAGUAUCGAUUUUCUUGCACUUACUUAGUCCUGUGAGUCUUCUAAUUUCUCUUUUCUCAAGGCCUACGUUGAACUUUGUAUUUUGGCUGCAAACCCCUAGUGGUAGGAAAAUGCUUUAACAUCUUUGUUCAGAAACCUCUAUGUCUAAGCCACAUGUAAGGUUAAUAUUUAUGUUUAACUAUUUAACAAUAUUAACCAUUGGUUUUUUUUUUCGGAUGUGGCCUACAAAACUGAAUCGGUAACAAUUUGUUAGAGAAAUUCUAUUGUUAAUGAAACUGUGUUUCUAUAUUUCUUGUGUUUUUAUAACAUAACUAUUUAUGUGCUGGCAUAUAGUAGUAAUUUAAUCAUUGACUAAAACUUGCACCUGUGCUUUAUUUUUCUAGAUAUUUAUGAUAUUUAUAGUAGCAUUAUACAAUUAAUAAAUUAUUAAAAUGUA